UCCGCGCGGCGCCUAUAGGCUCAACCUCUGCAUUUGUCUAAUACACCAGCUGACGGUUUCAAAACACCGUAAAUCUUUUUCGUUUCAUGUGGGAUCGGUUGAACGCUACAAAGGUUUAAUCGUCUUACUGAAGCUCUCUCAUUCAUUUCGAAAAACGUUUGGUUCGUGUCGACUGUGUUCGCACGAUGGUUGUGCUGCAUCGUCGCCGGAGAGAAGAGGCGAUGUUUUGGCUAUUGCCCAGUCUGCUCGGAGUCUGCAUGGCAUUUGGCCCUAGCAAGGCUGAGGAGGAAGAUUAUGAGGAUGUUCCCAUCAAUAAAACUUGGGUUUUAUCACCAAAGGUCUACGAGAGCGACGUCACCCUUAUCCUAAAUAAAUUACUGCAGGGUUAUGACAACAAACUGAGACCAGAUAUUGGAGGCAAACCCACUGUGAUCGAGACGGCGGUGUAUGUGAACAGCAUUGGCCCAGUAGAUCCCAUCAAUAUGGAGUACACCAUAGACAUCUUCUUUGCUCAGACAUGGUAUGACAGCAGACUUAAAUUCAACAGCUCCAUGAAGGUCCUCAUGCUCAACAGCAACAUGGUUGGAAAAAUCUGGAUCCCUGACACAUUUUUCCGCAACUCGCGUAAAUCUGACGCCCACUGGAUCACAACACCCAAUCGGCUUCUACGCCUUUGGAGCAAUGGAAGAGUCAUGUACACUCUAAGGUUGACUAUUAAUGCGGAAUGCUACCUUAAGCUGCAUAACUUUCCCAUGGAUGAACAUUCGUGCCCUCUGGAGUUUUCAAGCUAUGGGUAUCCAAAGAAUGAGAUCCAAUAUAGAUGGCAGACUCGUUCUGUUGAGGUUGCUGACCAGCGGUACUGGAGGCUUUACCAAUUUGCCUUUGUUGGCCUACGAAAUACUUCUGAUGUGGCAAAUACUCAGUCUGGGGAGUAUGUGGUUAUGACCAUUUUCUUUGACCUGAGCCGGAGAAUGGGCUACUUUACCAUCCAGACCUACAUUCCCUGCAGUAUGAUUGUAGUUCUGUCCUGGGUCUCUUUCUGGAUCAACAAGGAUGCUGUGCCAGCCAGAACAUCCCUAGGUAUUACAACUGUGCUCACAAUGACAACCCUAAGCACCAUAUCUAGAAAGUCCCUGCCAAAGGUGUCUUAUGUGACAGCCAUGGAUCUGUUUGUGUCUGUCUGCUUCAUCUUCACCUUUGCUGCUCUAAUGGAGUAUGGGACUCUGCACUACUUCACAAGCAAUCGCCAGAACAAGAAGACCAAAUCAAGCCAUACACAGAAACCCAGCAUGAUGAACAUCAGACCAGGGACCUCCCUGCUGCAGAUGAACAACAUUGCUCCCUAUCAUGAAGAUGACGAUUAUGCAUAUGAAUGUUUGGACGGGAAAGACUGCGCCAGUUUCUUCUGCUGCUUUGAUGAUUGUCGCACAGGAGCCUGGCGUGAGAACAGAAUGCAUGUCCAUGUCUCCAAAAUCGACUCUUACUCUCGAAUAUUCUUCCCAACUGCAUUUGGCCUCUUUAACCUUGUCUACUGGAUUGGGUAUCUGUAUCUUUAAAGAUGUUGGAUGAGCGGGAGAGGGACUUAAUUCUAGUAAUAUUUGCAAAUUCAUUUGUAAAUUCUCCACUCGCUGUAGCAUAAGUCACUGAGAAAAGGGGAUGUGUGAGACUUAAAAGUUGGAUGUAUUAAUGCUUAAUGUGUCUUUCAUUGUACCUGGGAUCUGAUUUCUUCAGCAUGAUCUCAUGAAAAUUAUGUGACCAUGGCAAAAUUUUUGCAAAAUGAAAUGGUGGUGUUGAUUACAUGUAUUGCGGAAGUUUGAGGCGAAAUGUCCACUGUAUGGCGCUAAAAGUAAGUUAAAUACUCUCCCAAACAGAUCAAGUUUUAAAUCAACAAACUUGUUUUCAGUUCCAGCACAUUUUGUUAGGGUUAGGGGCAUGAUGACACAAUUUGACCCUUUGCUUCACUUGCGCAUUGGAAUAAUUUGGGAGUGCAAAGCCUACCCCAGCACCCCCCUAGAUCUAGUAUUAAUUUAUUGUAGCUAUGACAGAACAACAGGGUAUUAUCUCCAUGGCUGAAGCUAAAUAAUAUUAAUAUCAGUGAAAAAUAAAUAUGAUAGCAGCUUCUGAUACUAAUUUGCCAAGGUAAUAAAAACACACUAAUAUCGCUGUCAGAAAACUAAUAUUUACGUAUGUUAAUCUUUUAGAAUGUUUUUAUUUCUAUAAUGACUGCAUUUGUAUGUGAAAUACCUGUAUUCAGCUCAGUACUAAACAAACCAAAGCAUAGAUGUUUGAAGGUCAAAUGAAUAGAAUUUGAUAUUUUGCUCAAGAAUUAUCCAGAAGCCAUUUUACUAUUACUACAUUUGCCUAUAAUGCUACUGUGAAAUGUUCUUGACUUGAACUAAGUGGUCUCUGCAAUAGCUGACACAGAGAAAUACCAAUGUGCCCAUCAUUGAAGGGUUCCAAAUGAGCAUGUGUAAAUUUUUAUAUAUUAACAAAUAGGAAUUCAGUAGCCUUUACAAUUCACAAUUGUUCAGUGUCAUAAAUUAGAGUAGCUCACAGGCUCAAACUCAUCUCCCAUCUGUAUUCAAGACAGCAUUUUAUCUCUCUUUGUGAAUAGUUAAAUGUCUGUGAGCUUUGCGUAAGUGUAAUGCAUGACUCACCUGAGCUAAUCAAUCCAUAUUUGGGAACCAGUCUGAUGGACUUUCUUCAGCAGGAAACCGCAGUAGCUGUGCGUGCAAGCGAAACUGAGAUAACGUGCUAUGUCUUGACCCUACUCUCAAAACAUCUGUGUACAAAUUGUACAAGUCUUUUUCACAAUGUCCUGUUGUACUUUCAGCUGUUGCUUGUUUGUUUUAUUUAAAUGCUUCCACAUGGUAUGUCUUCUGGAUGUACUAUUAUAUAUCGUCUCCAUUUUUGAACAUCUGUUAUGUAGUAGAGCUGUUUCUAAGUCUGUGUUGUGCCCUGUAGCUAAAUAUCAGAAUAUUUUUUAUGUCUUUCUUCAUGACAGCAUCACAUCAGCAUCACUGAACUCAUGCAACAAAAGCAAAAGCCAGACAAAUAGCAGGAAUAAAUACAUAUAUAGACAAAGAAAAUCUAUUUAUAUUUUUUGGUAUAAAUAGAUUGUUAUAACAAGAAUAUAUAUUAAACACAAUCUGUUUCAGGCUGUUCUUGCCAUAUGAUACAAAUGUUGUGACCAUCAGUUAUCUGUGGUGAGCGUGUGCAAGUGUGUCUCUAUGUAAGUAUGUAUUCAAAGCAGAUUCCUACUCAACUAUACAUCUCUGUCUUCUUUGCCCUCCAAUUGUUCUGGGUGUUGUUGCCAUGUCCUCUGUUAGUGCAUCAUGCUCUUAAUGUGUUCAUACAUUUUUGUAGCUCUGAACACUCUGAGUAAUAAAACAGUGCCUGAAAAACAUUAAUAAAAUUCUACACUCUCUCAAACUCUGUUACGUAAUGAUAUUAUAUCGUAUUGAAAUCCUAAAGCACAAGGAAUAAAGGAUGUAUGUAGUUUUCUUCA